AUGCUGAGUAGAACAUUUCUCUUGGUGUUAUUCAUAUGUGUGGGAGGAGUGCAGGAGGGUGCCCGAACACCAGCAGGUCUUAUUAAUAAGUAUGAAGUCAACGGUCUGCAGUGCUGGAUAAUCACUCAUGUUUUAUGGGUGGCUAAUGCUCAAUACUUCCACUGGUUUUCACCAACCAUCAUCAUUGAUAACUGGAUCCCUCUCUUAUGGUGCACCAACAUCCUCGGCUAUGCUGUGUCCACUUUGGCUUUCAUUAAGGCUUAUCUGUUCCCUACCAACCCAGAGGACUGCAAAUUCACAGGCAACAUCUUCUACAACUACAUGAUGGGAAUUGAGUUCAACCCUCGUAUAGGAAAAUGGUUUGACUUUAAGCUUUUCUUCAAUGGCCGGCCGGGUAUUGUGGCGUGGACCCUGAUUAACUUAUCCUACGCUGCUAAACAGCAGGAGCUGUAUGGUUAUGUGACAAACUCUAUGAUCCUGGUCAAUGUUUUGCAAGCCAUCUAUGUGUUGGACUUCUUCUGGAACGAAGCCUGGUACCUCAAGACUAUUGACAUCUGCCAUGAUCACUUUGGCUGGUACCUGGGCUGGGGAGACUGCGUGUGGCUUCCUUUCCUCUACACACUACAGGGCCUUUACUUGGUCUACAACCCCAUCCAGCUUUCUACGCCUCAUGCUGCAGGUGUCCUCAUCUUGGGCCUGGUGGGCUACUACAUCUUCCGCUCAACCAACCACCAGAAAGACCUUUUCCGUCGCACAGAGGGUAACUGCAAAAUCUGGGGUAAGAAGCCCACCUUCAUCGAGUGUUCAUACCGAUCGGCCGAUGGCGGGAUUCACAAGAGCAAACUGAUGACCUCUGGGUUUUGGGGGGUGGCUCGUCACAUGAACUACACGGGCGACCUGAUGGGCUCACUGGCGUACUGCUUGGCCUGCGGUGGCGAGCACUUGCUGCCUUAUUUUUACAUUGUCUACAUGACCAUCCUACUGGUGCACCGCUGCAUUCGUGAUGAGCACCGUUGUAGCAACAAGUACAGCAAGGACUGGGUCCGCUACACUGCGGCUGUGCCCUACCGUUUGCUGCCUAACAUCUUCUAGAGCAUUCCACCAUAUUCCAGAUUGCUUUUCAACCAUAUAUAGAAAAGCAGUUUACCUUGUUAUUUUAUGUGGCUGCUCAUACUUAUUGUAAACAGUUGGCUUUUUAAUCUUUUAUGAGUGUGUGAAUGGCAGACUUUACAAAGAUUAUCUUGCCUUUUAGUGAGUGUGAGGGUGGAUGUACUAUACAUGAAUAUAUAAGUACGAGAUUAUCAAGGUGACACAGUGCACAGCAUUACAGAAUGACAUUUAAAAAAAAGCUAAGAUACUGUGAUGAACUCAAGUCUUAAUGUUCCUGCCUUUAUCUGUUUGUUUGUUUGUUUGUUUGUUUUUUCAAUAGGCAUGGAAACUCAUUGUGUAGAUAAUAUCACUCAUUAUUGUUCAGGAUGUAAAUAGACAAAAGUCUAUAAAUCCAGAAUGGCUCAGACUACAGCUUAUCAAAUUUAUAUUCAUAUUUUUCUACCAGCCAAACUACUGAAAUAAAAGUU